CAAAGACAUGCAUGCGGUUGAUGUUCGCAUGAGGCGCCGUGGGACUUGGCCUCGGAACAUACGCGACCACCUUUCGAUUUCUGCAACAUUGCAUAGCAACAGCGACAUUAUCAUGAAACCACAUUUUGGUAUCAUUCUCCGUUGCACCUUGCAAGCUUGCAGGUUUGCUUUAAUAACUUGACGAGCCCUCUUUACACCGCAACAUCGGAGACGGCGACCACGAGUCGACAGUGUUCAUUCAAUAACGCUCACGAUGAAGUAGCAUCAAGAUGAGAAAAAGACGUCUUGCCUCGUUUGCACCCCAAAACAUUGCAAUGUCAUAUCAGGCCAAUGGAAGAGUUUGUAGACGAGACAGCCAGCAAAAUGGAACUCGAGGCUGCAGCUGGAAGUAGUAAUGCAAGCCCUUGUCUCAACUCAACGAGUCGUGUCGAAAAAUGGUGUUACACGGAAGUUCAAGUGGCUCCAAAAACGCUGUGUCAACUAUAAGAUCCCGAGGGGACGGUUUUCCUACCU